AUGAAGAAGCGGAGCGCCCACGAUGAAGAGAAAGAAAAAAGCCAAGACAAAGACGCAGACAAAAAGGACGAUCUCAGCGUUGGAUAUUUCCAGCUGUUCCGCUUCGCCAGCUGUAAGGACGUAGCCAUGAUGGUGGUGGGCGGUCUGUGCGCUCUGGUCCAUGGCGCCGCCGCUCCUCUCAUGCUGCUGGUCUACGGCAUGAUGACCAACACCUUUGUGGGCUACGAGCUCGAGAUCCAGCAGCUCAAGGAUCCAAACAAAACAUGCAGCAACGAGUCCAUCCACUGGACCAACGGGACGGUGUUCGAGACCUCAGAGGGCGCCACGGUCCCCUGUGGGGUGGACAUCGAGCUGGAGCUAACCAUGUUUGCUUAUUACUACAUUGGAAUUGGAGCUAGUGUCCUGAUCCUGAGCUAUGUCCAAAUCCUGUUCUGGGUCUCGGCAGCUGCCCGGCAAGUCCAAAAGAUCCGAAUGACGUAUUUCCGCAAAGUCAUGAGGAUGGAGAUCGGCUGGUUUGACUGUACCUCUGUCGGGGAGCUCAACACCAGGAUUUCAGAUGAUAUCAACAAGAUCAACAACGCCAUCGCUGACCAAGUGUCCAUCUUUAUUGAGAGGAUUUCCACGUUUGUGUUUGGCUUCACGGUGGGCUUUAUCGGAGGAUGGAAGCUGACGUUGGUGGUGAUAGCAGUUAGCCCUCUGAUUGGUUUAGGAGCCGGACUCAUGGCUAUGGCCGUGUCCAGGCUGACCGGCCGGGAGCUGUCGGCGUAUGCUAAAGCCGGAGCGGUGGCUGACGAGGUUCUGUCCUCCAUCAGGACCGUGGCAGCGUUUGGGGGAGAGCAGAAAGAAGCUGAGAGAUAUGACCGUAACUUGGAGGAAGCUCAGGCCUGGGGGGUGAAAAAAGGCAGCAUCAUUGGAAUCUUCCAGGGCUAUCUGUGGUGCAUCAUCUUCCUGUGUUAUGCUCUGGCCUUUUGGUACGGCUCCAGACUGGUGCUGGACACCAGGGAGCUGUCCCCUGGGACCCUCAUACAGGUGUUCUUUGGCGUUCUGAUGGCUGCCAUGAACCUGGGACAGGCCUCUCCGUGUCUCGAGGCGUUUGCUUCCGGCCGAGCUGCGGCCAAGACCAUCUUCGACACAAUAGACCGAGAACCAGAAAUUGACUGUUUGUCUGAAGACGGUCACAAGCUGGACAAGGUUAAAGGGGACAUUCAGUUUGAGAAUGUGACUUUCUUCUACCCGUCUCGCCCAGAAGUGAAGAUCUUAAAUAACCUGAACAUGGAAAUCAAGGCUGGAGAGACCACAGCUUUUGUUGGUCCCAGCGGAAUGGGAAAGAGUACGGCCAUCCAGCUCAUCCAGAGAUUCUAUGAUCCGUCUGAAGGAAAGGUGACGCUGGACGGCCACGACCUCCGCAGCCUGAACAUCCAGUGGCUGCGCUCUCUCAUGGGGAUCGUGGAGCAGGAGCCGGUUCUGUUCGCCACCACCAUCGCGGAGAACAUCCGCUACGGCCGAGCGGGCGUGUCCAUGGACGAGGUCAUCCACGCCGCCAGAGAGGCCAACGCCUACCAUUUCAUCAUGGACCUCCCACAGACGUUUGACACUCUGGUUGGAGAAGGAGGAGGGCAGAUGAGCGGGGGGCAGAAGCAGAGAAUCGCCAUCGCCCGCGCUCUCAUCAGAAACCCCAAGAUCCUGCUGCUGGACAUGGCCACGUCCGCUCUGGACAACGAGAGCGAAGCCGUGGUCCAAGCCGCACUGGAUAAGGUGCGCGACGGCAGGACCACCAUCUCCAUCGCACACAGACUGUCCACCAUCAGGAACGCAGACGUGGUCAUCGGCUUCGACCACGGCCAGGCGGUGGAGAGGGGCACCCACGCCCAGCUGCUCCAGAACAAAGGGGUCUACUUCACCCUCGUGACGCUGCAAAACCAGGCCACGUCCAGCAGCAGCGAGGAGGCAGAAUCUCAAGAAGAGCCCCUCGGUCCGAAAACCCGCACCAUGAGUCAGCUCAGCCACAGCUCCAGCUUCAAGGGUUCGAUCCGACUUCGGUCUCAGAGCCACAGGUCUUUGGAUUUUGUUCCGAAUGCACUCACGGGAAGUUUCCAAAUCCUUUCCGGACCGGAGAUGGCAAACGAGGAGGAGGAGCAGGCGGCGGAGUCGGCCCCAGUCGCCCGCAUCCUGAAGUACAACCAGCCCGAGUGGCCCCACAUGGUGCUGGGCUCUCUGGGGGCCGCGGUCAACGGGUCCAUCAACCCCAUCUAUGCCGUGCUCUUCAGCCAGAUCCUGGGGACGUUUGCGAUCCCAGACGUGGCGGAGCAGAGGCGACAGAUCAAUGGAGUGUGUGUGCUGUUUUGCAUCGUGGCCGUCUUCAGCUUCUUCUCCCAGUUUUUACAGGGUUACGCGUUCGCCAAGUCUGGAGAGCUGCUGACGCGGAGGCUGAGGCGGCUGGGCUUCGAGGCCAUGCUGCGGCAGGAGGUGGGCUGGUUUGAUGACCCCAUGAACAGUCCCGGAGCUCUGACCACACGGCUAGCCACAGACGCCUCCAUGGUGCAGGGGGCCACAGGUUCUCAGAUCGGCAUGAUUGUGAACUCCCUGACCAGCAUCGGUGUGUCCUUCAUCAUCGCCUUCUACUUCAGCUGGAAGUUGUCGCUGGUCAUCAUGUGCUUUCUGCCGCUGCUGGGUCUUUCCGGAGUCUUCCAGGCAAAGAUGCUGACGGGCUUCGCCAACGAGGACAAGGCGGCCAUGGAGGCGGCGGGCCGAGUGUCCAGUGAGGCUCUGUCCAACAUCCGCACCGUGGCAGGCCUGGCCAAAGAGAGCACGUUUGUUGAGGCGUACGAGCAGCAGCUGGAGCCGCCGUUUAAAUCAGCCAUGAAGAAAGCCCACAUCUACGGCCUCAGCUUCGGGUUCUCACAGUGCGUCAUCUUCAUGGCCUACGCUGCCUCCUACAGGUUUGGAGGAUACCUGGUUAGCAGCGAAGGACUGGCCUACACCUAUGUAUUCAGGGUGAUCGCGGCCGUGGUCAUCAGUGGCACCGCUUUGGGCAGAGCCUCCUCUUUCACUCCGGAUUACGCCAAAGCCAAGAUCGCAGCCGCUCAGCUUUUCAAACUCCUGGACCGCGUUCCCAAGAUCAGCAUCAGCAGCUCCGAGGGUCUGCGAUGGGACGACUUCAAAGGGAACAUUGAGUUCCAGGACUGUAAGUUCACGUACCCCACGCGGCCGGACACCCAGGUGCUGAGGGGGCUGACGGUGGCGGUCAAACCUGGCAACACUCUGGCCUUUGUGGGGAGCAGCGGCUGCGGCAAGAGCACCAGUGUCCAGCUCCUGCAGCGCUUUUACGACCCCGACCAGGGCACAGUGUUGAUAGACGGCCGGCCCUCUCCCCGCAUCAGCGUCCCGUUCCUGCGCUCUCAGAUGGGCCUCGUGUCCCAGGAGCCCGUGCUCUUCGACUGCAGCAUCCUCCAGAACAUUCAGUACGGAGACAACAGCCGCAGCAUCAGCCUGGAGGAGGUGGUGGAGGCCGCCAAGAAGGCCUUCCUGCACGACUUUGUCAUGACGCUGCCUGAGAAAUACGACACUCAAGUGGGUGCUCAGGGCUCCCAGCUCUCCAGGGGACAGAAGCAGAGGAUCGCCAUCGCCCGCGCCAUCGUCCGAAACCCAAAGAUCCUGCUGCUGGACGAAGCCACGUCUGCCCUGGACACAGAGAGCGAGCAGACCGUGCAGGCGGCGCUGGACGCGGCGAGGAAAGGCCGCACGUGCCUCGUCAUCGCGCACAGACUGAGCACCAUCCAGAAUGCUGACAUCAUCGCCGUCAUGUCCCAGGGGGCUGUCAUCGAGCAGGGCACCCACCACACACUCAUGGCCAAGAGGGGGGCCUACUACAAACUGGUCACCACCGGGGCCCCUGUCAGCUAG